AUGUCUGAAGCUAUGAUAAAACGUUGGAAUGAAAUAACGAUGGAUCACUCCGAGGGCCCAGCAGCAGCAUCCUCGUCAAAGCGCUCCCGCCCCAGGGCUCACUCUCAAUCAUCGUCCAAUGAGUCAGAAGAUAAUAUAUCAAUUGUAUCGCGUUCUCCCUCGCCUGCUCCACGGAACGACAAGGAGGAGGAUAUUAGUGUGUAUGACCAAUAUAUACGAGGUCCUAUACUCGAACCUGUCACUGUGAACACCAAGAUUUCAUCUUCCAACAAAGGAUUUGGAAUGUUGGCCAAGAUGGGUUGGAAAGAAGGGGAGGGACUAGGAGCUUCAGGACAAGGACGUACGGAUCCCGUUCCAUUUCUUGUCAAGUUGGAUGCAUUGGGGCUAGGUCGAUCAACUUAUGACGAACGUAUCAUUGAAUCGGCUGUAUCCCAGCGGCGCGAGCUGGACUCUGAGCGAAUGAUAAAGGAGACUGAGGAGCAGCGCAGAAUUCGCGAGGCAAGUGGAAGCGAUUGCGAAAAACAAUACAAAAAUGUCGCACAGUUCGACGAACAUGUUCGCAGUUAUGCACAUACGCAUGUGGUGCGAAUGAAAGAGCAGCAAGCCACAGCCCGCCAGCGCCAGUCCGGCGAAUCAGCUGCACGAAAGGCAAAAGAAAAGAAACGUGAAGAAAAGGAGAUGAAAAAAAUGGCGGCAGCAGCAGGAAUUAAAUAUUCCAGUGGUUCGGCUACCUCGUCUUCUAUCGUAGUCCCUGCGCAGCCCACGAUCAAGCCUGUUGCCAUCAAUUCGGGUGGUGGUUUCGCUCCAGUUUCUGACCCACCCGCCAGGAGGGGAGGUUGGUCGGCUGUUACUGCUCCAACAGAAUCGACGGGUGCACGGUCGUUUGCUCCUGUUUCGGCCACAACUGUUACACCAGUUGGACUCAAAAAGACUGGGUGGACUGCAGUUGCUAACCCUGCUAUCUCUUCCUCAAUUCCUACUGCGGGCGCCGAGAGUCAGGAUCCAAAGCAAUCUGCAAAGAAAAUGGGUGGCGGGUUUAUGCGCGGUGGUUGGACAACUCUCGACACUGGAACUAGUGCAGACCAAGAUAUCGAAAUGGCUAGUCCCGUCACGGUUUCUUCAAAACGUGUGAUACCGCCCCCACCUACAGACCCUGCCCCUCUUCCGCCCCCACCCCCUCCAACUCUAGAUCCCCCGCCACCCCCUCCAGAGGACGUGCCACCUCCACCUCCACCAUCUCACCCAGCACCGAAUGGCUGGUGGCCAUCCCGUUAG